CACCACCCCUCCUGCUGCUAGCUAGGGUUUCCAUAUCUCCCUCUCUCUGUCCUCAUGCAUAAAACCGCACCCAUGCAUUCUCUCAUGCAUCAUCUCUCACUCUGUCUAGGGCCAGCCACACCCAUCCAUCCACCUCACACAUCCUUGCACGCUAAGGAAGUCUCUCUUCUCUCCAGCUUCUUCCCCUUCUCUCUUCCCCAUAUGCAUGUUUCACAACCAAUAUAUAUAUAAUGCUAUUGCUAGCAGCACACCACUAUGACAAAAAAUUAAUAAAGUAAGAAAGAACAAGCUAGCAAGCUCCUUUUAUUCCUCUCACUUUCAUUCCCCCUCCUCCCCCCAUCUUUCCCUUUCUUCUAUCUCUUCUCCUUCCUCGGCUCUCUCAUCAUCUUCUUGUGAGAGGAGACUAGGGGAACACCUCCCAUGCAUCUCCAUUCCAGUGUGCAGCAGAGAGAUUGCUAGUGGGGGUGGUGUUAUAUAUAUUCUCCACCUUUAGCCACCUCCCCAUCCAUCCUUGCAUGAUCCCUUAAAGCACCUAUAUACCCCUGCCCUUACCCCCGCUCCCUCUCCCUCUCUCACAAAGAAGCAAGGAGGAACAAACAAACCAAAAAAGAGGUCUCUUCCCCCCCCCCCCCCCCCCCUCAAGUAGGAAAAAGAUCAAAAGAAACCAAAUUCUAUACCACACCAUGGUCUUUUCUUCGGUUCCCGGCUAUCUUGAUCCACCCAAUUGGAACAACAACAACCAGCCGCAGCAGCAGCAGGUUCAGGUUCAGCAGCAACAGCAGCAGCAGCUCAGCCAUGGCCAUGGCGGACUCCUCUUCCCUAGCGCCGUCGGAGGCGGCGGCGGCGGAGUCGAGGCGCAUCAUCACCACCACCACCAGCAUCAGCAGCAGCAACAGCAGCAACAGCAGCAACAGAUGCCGGCGGCGUUGAUGGCUCCGCCGCGGGCGCCAGACGGCAGCAGCGGCAGCAUGGGAGGAUUGGGAUCAGGCGGCGGUGGCGGCGGCGGCGGAUCAGCGGUGGUGAAGGCGGGGUCGAUGACUGACAGGGCGCGGAUGGCGAAGAUCCCGGCGCCGGAGGCCGGGCUCAAGUGCCCGCGGUGCGAGUCGAGCAACACCAAGUUCUGCUACUUCAAUAACUACUCCCUCACGCAGCCCCGCCACUUCUGCAAGGCCUGCCGCCGCUACUGGACCCGCGGCGGCGCCCUCCGCAACGUCCCCGUCGGCGGCGGUUGCCGCCGCAACAAGCGCUCCUCCAAAUCCUCCAAAUCGUCUUCCUCCUCCUCCGCCGCCGCCUGUGGGGUUGCAGCGGGCGUCAAUACGUCGUCCUCAUCGUCGGCCACCACGUCGUCCGCGACCACCGGCAGCGGAAUCAUGCCGGCGCUGGGGCAGAUGCCCUUCUUCGCGGCGUCGUUGGUGUCCGGCUCCGGCGGGGGAGAAGGGCAGUAUGGCGUUGGCGGCGGUGGGGGAUUGUUGGCCGGGGUGUCGAGGAGCCUAGGGUUUCCUGGGGGCCUGAUGGGCCCGAUGGGAUCACAGCAGCUGGAUUCGGCCGUGGAGAACUACCAUCACCAGCUCGGCGGCGGCAUGGGGGGAUCGAUGGAGCAGUGGCGGCUCCCGCCGCCGCAGAUGCAGAUGCAGCAAUUCCCCUUCUUCGGCGGCGGCCGCGGCGCCGGCCCCGACGCCAUGUCCGGCAUGCAGCAGCUGCAGCAGCAAAUGCAAGCUGGCAUUAGCAAUUACCCGUUCGAACCGGACGCCGGCGAUGGGUCCGGGGAGGGCUUCGCUGCCGGGCAGAUGAUGGGGGGCGGCGGCGGCGGCGGCAAGCAGGUGGUGCCGGGGUCGGCAGGGCUGAUCACGCAGCUGGCGUCGGUAAAGAUGGAGGACAACCCGCCAACGGCGAUGGCGAGGGAGUUCCUGGGCCUGCCCGCCGCCGGCAGCCUCCAGUUCUGGGCCGGAGGCAGCGGCGGCAACAAUGGCGUCAGCGGCGGCGGCGCCGGAGCUCCAGGCGGUGGCAGCGGCGGAUGGGUCGAUCGUCUGGCCGGGUUCAACUCGUCGUCGUCGGGGAACAUACUGUGAUCGAUCGAAUCGAUCAAUACCAUGGAUCACUGCACUCGAUCGAUCAAGCUCUCGAUCUCCAUGACUCCAUCUCUGGAUGCACAAUUAAGGUAGUAGCCCCUAUACGAGCCCUGAAGCUUAAUUUUAGUCAUGGCUUCUUCUUCUUCCUCCUCCAAUCGAGAAAAGAGAUUGAUCGAUGAACUGCGGAACAAUGGAUCGAGUUGCAUGUGGUGGUGCAGGAUAUAUAUAUAUAUAUAUUUAUAGGGCUGCGUCGAUCCAUCGAAUUAUUAUUGGAGUAGUUUUACAUUGCCACACUUCAGUUCUAUACCCUCCUUGCUGUUCAAUUCCUGAUAUCGCUGCUGCUGCUGCUGCUGUUCUUGUACUGUUUUUAGGUUCUUCCUUUCGUACCUGUCACUUAAUUAAGGUGCUCAAUUCAUAUAUUAAUUGUUCUCCUUCUCCGAUCUAUAUAUGUCAUUGUAACGCACGUUAAUGAAUUACUAGCUAGGUUUACUGGCUAGCUUGGUGCAAUAUGUGUCGUUCAUGGUUGAAGGGUUAUAUACUGAGUAUAUAUGUCUAUGAGAUCAAGUAACUUAUUAUUCGAA